UAUAACACUCUCUCUCACGCUCCAGGACAGUCGCCUUCCUGCCUCUACACCACCAACAAUGACAUACAAGACCGUUGUGUUGACCGCCCUCCUGGCUGCCACACUGGCCAACCCCGACCCUGCCCCUGUGUAUGGCACUACAGCCUACAACGCCACAGCCCACACAGCCUCACACUACAACAACCCAUCUUCUGGCUACGACUACUCAGUUCCUACUACGCGUCCUGUCCAGUACGACUUUAACAACAACCAUCAACAAGGAACUAAUGAUGACUUCAACCCCCAAGGCUCUGUGGCCAUGCUGCUCCCAGACGGUCGUAUACAGAGAGUGACUUACUCCAUCAACGGUACAUCUGGCUUCACGUUCGCGGUUACGUUCGAGGGUGUGGCCCAGUAGUCUUUAACCUCCUUUGAACUACCCCACCUUGCCGUCCCAUCCCUCCUCACUCUACUAUCUGUCCUUAACCAUUAAUGUGAUCUUGUUCACGAGUAAAACUAAACAUCACUGUUCCCAUGACUGUGUGAAUGUAUUUAUAAUAUGAAAAACUUCAGUAAAAGUUUUUAACACAUGAAA